AUGACCCUGGCUUGUGAUGGUGAAAGUGAUAUGCUGAAAAGUCUGUUUAGAGAAGAAAUGAGAGAAAUUGGGAUUGACAGUAUGUGGGAGAAAUUGUGGUCUGUGUGCUGCCAGCCCACCUGCUGCCGCCCCAGCUGCUGCCAGACCACCUGCUGCAGGACCACUUGCUGCCGCCCCAGCUGCUGCAUCUCCAGCUGCUGCAGGCCCCAGUGCUGCCAGUCUGUGUGCUGCCAGCCCACCUGCUGCCGCCCCAGCUGCUGUCAGACCACCUGCUGCAAGACCACUUGCUGCCGCCCCAGCUGCUGCAUCUCCAGCUGCUGCAGGCCCCAGUGCUGCCAGUCUGUGUGCUGUCAGCCCACCUGCUGCCGCCCCAGCUGCUGCAUGUCCAGCUGCUGCCGUCCCUCUUGCUGUGAAUCCAGCUGCUGCCGCCCUUGCUGCUGCCUGCGUCCAGUCUGUGGCCGAGUCUCCUGCCACACCACUUGCUAUCGCCCAAACUGUGUCAUCUCAACCUGCCCCCGCCCCUUGUGCUGUGCCUCCUCUUGCUGCUGAGCUCCUUUCCUGAAACUAUCUCCUCCCCUUCAGCUCACUUAUCACAGAAGCAGACCUUGUGCAUCUCAUUGACAACUCAGGAGAGGCCAUUCCCACCAACUGUGUGUCCAUAUACUGGACAUAUAUGUAGGAUAUAUGUCCUGGAUAUACAUCUAAAAUAUAUGUUCCACAUGUUGACCCAAGUGUGAAAUUAGAUGUUAUUUACAGCAAGAAAUUAAUAGAAUUUAUCAAGUCUUACACCCUAUAUUUGUAUUUACGGAUACCAAGUUCUUCUGUCCCAAACAUGGAAAUUCUUGCAGGGUUACUCAGGGCAAGGACGUCUCACUCUCAGAUUUGAAAGUCUGAUUGUUUCACCCUGUAUUUCCUUUUACAGCAAUGUUUCUGUGUCUUAUUUUUUCUGCUUCUGAAUAAAACUCCACCUUCAUCACAUAGAAAUA